UGUCCCCGCCCACCCAAAGUUAGCUCUGUCAAAGCUGCAGCCCCUGUAAGUGGAAGUAGAGAAGUUUAAACUGCAGCUACCUUACUGUGUGUAACAUCCCAGCAUCUGUCACUGUGCUGGGGAGUGCAAUCAUGAUUUCCUUGCUCUCUUUCCUGCUCCUCUGUGGAAUUAUUUCAGCUCACCUUGGAGAUGCCCAGAAGUUGCCCAAAGUAAAGAAACUAAACAUGAAGGUCCACUUCAACAUCACCGGUGACACAUUGGUCAUGAAAUUUCACCGUCCUAAUGAAAAUAUCAAGCUGGAAGGUUUUAUUCUGGGAUAUGGCAGCAACUACUUCACAAACCAGUAUAUUCAAUGGCCAGAAAAUGGGAAGUCAUUCAUUACAGAUGUCGAGUCAGAGACAAGAUAUUUGAUAGCUGUGAAACCGAAUGAAAACCAUAAAAAGACCUGUAAAGCAGAAAAGAAUUCUGUUCAAAAACCUCUCCAGGUUGUGAUUGGGUCACUGACACCAACAUCUGUCUUUUUAUCAUGGGGCAUCCUUAUAAAUCCUCAAGUUGACUGGUCUGCUCUCAACAAAUGUCCUAAUGACAGGUUUUACACAGUUCGCUACAGGGAAAAGAAUAAAGAUUGGCAUUUCCAGCUUUGUCCUACAACUGAAACCGUAAUCGAUAACCUUAAGCCAAACACAUUCUAUGAAUUUGGAGUAAAAGAUAAUUCAGAUGAUGGAAUAUGGAGCAAGUCUCAAAAUCACAAGACAAAUACGAAAGGUAAAGAAAACGGAAACAUAGAAAAUACAUAUAAAAUUCCAAAAGGCACUUUACAGUAUGCCUCGGAAGACACAAAGACACUCAUUCCAGUAUACGUGGUAAAGCAAGGAUUUCAAAAUAUCACAAAAUCCACAACUGCACCUCUUCCAACUGAACGCAGUCCAGUCCCCAGGGUAGAAACAAAGAAGCCUCAUUUUAGAACUACGACAAGAGCCUCAACACCGAAACCAAAGCCAGUUUCCAAGGUGACAGCUUCCACGCCAGUCACUAAACCUGCAGGAAAACCUGUUCCUGAAGAACCCAAAGCAGUAACCCAUCCCUUUAUUCAAGUAAAUAAUAAACCAACUGAGCCUUCUGUCAUCUAUGGACAGUCAACUCCUUUGGCUUCCCCUACAAUUGUACCAGUGCCAUUUACAUAUGAGUCUCCUACUGAACAACCAGAGACUGUACUUGCAAUUGAAAGACUGGCUACUUACGUGCCAGAGGCAAUGACUAUCCAACAAAGUUUGUAUGCAGGGAUGUAUCCCACAUCUACAGAUGUACCCGAUGUGAGCUCUAGUAAAUUUCUCAUCAGGCAGAGGAGCACUAUGGCAGGAAUCCAGCAAAUGCCUACUGAUGUGUCACAACUGAGCACAGACUUACCUCUCCAAAUACACAGGACAGCUCCUGGGGUGCAGUCGAUAUCUACUUUUAUGUCAAAAGGGAACAUUCAAUUACCUCUCAAAACGCGCAGGACAACCCUAGCUGCAAAUGAGAAGCAGUCUAUUUAUGUUCCUACUACAGUAUCCAGCUUGGGAGAGCUGCAAGCUCACUAUGCUACAACAAGCCAAAAUAUCCCAGCCAAACAAAGUGUCCUGCCCUCUCAAACCCAUGCACAAACCACAACUGCAUUCACUGGAGGUCCGCAUAUUACUACUAAACACAAAAGCAUCGAAGUUCCACCUUCUCCACCUGUUCCAAAAGAAACUGCAUCAUUUCACCCAAAACCUUUCCCUAGCACUGAAGCGCCACUCAUGGAAUCUGACAGCACAGAGCCAGACUCUGAAAUGCAUACUAAUGAAGCAUCACACACACAUCAACCAGAAAAAAUGACUUUAGCUUCCGAUGAUAAAACAGUUCUGAAGUUUACAUCAACUUCCAAACCCAAGACCACAGCUGCACUAAAGAGAACAAGGGUUUCUCCUGCUCAUCCUAAAAUGCCAUUACCAGAAGAGACAUCCCCUGCAGCUGUUUUAAAGGAUAUACAACCAACUAAAAUAUUUGAAGAAACAACCACCGUUGCGGUUCCAACUGAAACACAAAAAAUGUCUCCCAAAAAGAUCCACAUAACAGAAAGUCCAUCUCUACCGGCCGAUCCUAAAACAUCCCAUCUUGUCCCCCCCGACGCUUUGGGAUUUGACAUAUCUGCGCAUCCUGAGUUACCUUUGGUGCCAAAUAAAACAGAAAAAGCUAUUUCUUCUAAAUCCAACAAAACUACUCCACCUGCAACUCCUGUGCCAAAAACAUUCCAAACCAAAAAGAUGCCCAUAAACUUGAUUAGAAUUCAUAUAGUUGAGGAUGCAACAGUUCCAAGUGCAAACAUUGAGACACAAACUUCUUCACCUCCAAUUCCUAAAACUACUCAGUCAAAUAAAAUGUUACACUCUAAACCUGCUCCAAAAUCAACACAGAGGGUACCUAUACAUGUUAUUAGGCUUAAUAUCGUUGAAGAACUAGAUGUGCCAAUGGUUCCUAACACAACAAUAACUCCUUAUCAGCCCACAACAACACAAAGACCUGAAAGCCCUCUCUCAAAACCUGUUCCAAUGCAAAAGAUUACACAGCGAAUAAUCAAAACCCCCAAAACAACUCCUCAUGCAAAACCUGUGUCUACUGAAGCACCCAAGGAUACUAUUAAGCCUAAAAUUCCACAUGUGACUCUUGCCACUACGUUGGCUCCCUACAGACUACAGGAUACCUCUUCCAAACCCAAAUCAUCACUCAGACCAAGGACAAGACCUGCACAAAAUGGGACAACUCAAGGAUUGAUCAGAGCAAGACCAACUGGGGAGUUUAACUGGGUGCCAGGCACAAUACCAGGUGCCAAAAUCUAUGAUAAUACAAAGCUUCUUGGCAGUAGUAGAAACAUUUCAAUGACGCCAGACAACACUGGAAAAAAUAAAUUUUCAGUUUCUGCAACACCGCUUCCUCCUGUAAGACCGACCUCCAUGCGUAGAAGAGUUCAGACUGGCAAUGUAACAGGGAGACCAGGUGUUGCAGUAUCUGCACCACCUUUUUCACCUGUAAGACCAACCUCCAUCCACAGGAGACCUCAGCCUACCAAAGUGACAGGUAGACCAGGGAGCGCAGGCGAUAUCCUGAUACCACGUGCUCCUUCAACAGCCAGGCCCAGCCUUACAUCUAUAUCUAUAAAGACUCCAAGGAAGCAGCCAACUUUACCUGCUCCAGAGGACGAUCUAGAAGACCCCACUGUGUUCAGUCCUUCUCCAAAGUCAGAUAUUGAUGCAUUAGGAAAAAAGAGAUUUGAAGCACCACAUGUAUUGUACAUGGGCAAGAAUGAAACCGUUCCCUGCUCCAUCACAGAAUCUCUCAAGCACUUCCCUACAGAAGAGAGCACUAACCAGGAAAUCCUCAAUGCUCCCCAGAAUCCUCCUUCCAAUCUCACAGUUGUGACUGUAGAGGGCUGUUCAUCCUUUGUUAUUUUAGAUUGGGAUCAAUCUGAUAAUGACACAGUUACUGAAUACAAAGUUAUUUCAAAAGAAAAUGGGGGACCUCCUGGAAAAGAUCAGUCAAUCUUAAUCACGAAUCAAACUCAUUCUACAGUGGAAAACUUAAAGCCAAAUACAAGUUAUGAGUUCCAAGUGAUACCACAAAAUCCUCUUGGUGAGGGCCCAGUCAGUGCAACAGUGGAAUUUAGCACAGAGUCAGCUGACCCAAGAGUAAGUGAGCCAGUUUCAGGGGGAAAGGAUGCUAUCUGGACACAAAUUAAGUUUAAAUCUGAUUCCUAUUCAGAAUGCAAAGGAAAACAGUACGUCAAGAGGACUUGGUACAAGAAAUUUGUUGGCAUUCAACUGUGUAACUCUCUAAGAUAUAAGAUUUACCUCAGUGAUACCCUUUCAGGUACAUUUUAUAACAUAGGAGAUCAGUCAGGAUUUGGAGAGGAUCACUGCCAGUUUGUGGAUUCCUUCCUUGAUGGGAGGACAGGACAGCAGCUUCUACCGGAGUAUCUGGCAUCAAGGAAAGGAUUCUACAGAUCAGUGCGCCAGCAGCCAGUUGACUUUGGGCAGAUUGGAGGACACUCACACAUCGGCUAUGUCCAUUGGUAUGAAUGUGGAAUAGCAAUACCUGGAAAGUGGUAAGAAGACUGCAGAAUGCUCCACGGGAUUCACGGACUCAUCCACUUCAACAUCCAUCAUCCAUUCUAUAGACUACAUUGCUAGCUUCAAUCUACUCUUCCCACGUACAUGUCUACUAAUGUAAAAUAUGUAUGAAAAUUCAAGUUAUUUCGAUUAUGGAAUUAAGAGACUGCUUUCAUAUUUAUCAAGAUUAAAAUAAAGAUAUUGUCUUCAUAGGAUAAAACCUCGGGAAGCUGGCUCCCUGUUUUUGGUAUUUUAAAAAGAGGAAGAAAAAAAAGCAGUGUCUAUGUUAUUUAUCACAAUGUUGUAAUAAAUAUUUUGAAGCAAAUUUCUAUUCAGCUAGACUUUUGAAACAACCAAGUUGAAGCAUUCUCUAUCCACAGUAAUUGUCAUCUAGGUCCGUCACUGCCAAUGUUAAUUUAUUUUUAGCAAGUUUUUUGCUGGGGAGAUGUUUCACAUUAUGGUAACAGAACUUCCACGUGUAAGGUCACCACUUCCAUUAUUAUUGUUGGUGACUAGGUAUAUAGUGAAAAAUAAACACCUUAAACUUAGGAUGCGCAGAAGAACAUAUUAAGCUCAUUAUCUCUAAACUAAGUUCUACUAGCCAUCUCCUCCCAGAUCUUAUGUCACGUUGCAGUAACGCUCGAUGGAUAGAAGAGGCAAACAAGGCAGGUACUUAAGUGUUCAGUCUUUUGUGCAAGAUUGCAUUUUACUUUUGCGGCUACAGUUAUGUUAAAAUUAACAUGAGCAUGUGAUUUAUAAAUAGAUUUGUAAUUAACUUUUUACAGAAUGUACAGUAUAUCCAAUAUAGCUUUAUUUCCAAAGUGCAACCUGGUUUUGUAUCUGAAAAAGCAGUAUAUGAACUCUACAAUAAAGAUAUUGAUCUUUUUUAAA